GUUGCUUUAAGCUAUUAAAGAGAUAGCAGGCCAAUAAUUUGUUAGGUAAAACUUAGAUAAGCAGCAAUGCGCGCCGCAAAGCUAUUAAGCGCAAGGCUAUAUAAAAUGCAAGUUCAACUCAAUUGUAUAGAAAAAAUAGUAUGAGUAAGUUACUCCAUCUACUGUGCCUGCUGUUCAGCUCCUCUCUGGUUCUUGGUCAGGGACAUCCGCGUAUAACCAAUGGUAAACCGGCCUGGCAAAAGCUGUUGCCCUACCAAGUCUGGCUUGAAUGCACUUUCAAGGAGAGUGAAGAUCCAUUCUAUUGUGGCGGCACAAUCAUCUCCAAGCGCUGGAUCCUAACGGCUGCCCAUUGCCUGCAACUCUCAGACCAUGAAUUUAAAAAUGUGCUCGUCUUCGCGGGCAUCGUAAACACAACAGACGACGAUGAACCGGGCCGUGUGGAAAUAUUGGUCGAUAAGCAGGACACGAUUGUGCAUGCAGAUUACGAUGAGCUACUCGCAACCAAUGAUAUUGCACUAAUUCAUUUACCAAAGGAUUUGCAAUUUAGUGCAUACAUACAGCUAGCCAAGUUGCCCAAUAGAAAACGUCCCAGCACUUAUGAAGGCCGCAAAGCCCUUGUCUCUGGCUGGGGGCGCAUGGCCAACCAAGAACCCGCUGAGAUCUUGCAAUACCUGCAAGUCAAAAUCAUUCCGAAUAUACUGUGCGAAUUACUGUGGAACAAGGUCCUAGUUGCGGAAAAGAAAAUAAUAUUGGACUCAUUCCUGUGCGUUGACACGCAACGCGGAAUGCCCUGUGUCGGUGAUUCGGGCGGUCCUCUGGUUCUAGAUGAUGGCUCCAAUGUGCUGGUGGGUGUCGUCUCGCAUGGCUAUGAUUCCAAAUGUAAAAGACCUGUACCGGAUGUAUUCAUGCGCGUCUCAUCGUUUCUGGACUGGAUUGAACAGCGCACGGGUAGUCUUACUUAACAUUAAC